GUCUUUUGUUCGCAGGCGAGUGAAGUGAUUUUUAAUUUUGUGAGGAACCGGUGUGACUGAUGUACGCGAAGCAGAGUGACAGUCCAGAAGAAUUCAUCGCGUUGAGGAAAAAUCCCUCAUUUUCCUUGCUCCGGAAUGCGUGGAAUAUGUGAUCAGGAAUACGCAUAGUGUAGGAAGAUUCGGAAGCGAAAAUGACCGUGUCCGAAGGACAUGCGUCCUCUGGACCGUUCACGGAGCUAGUGUCAUCUCAGGAUUGCGCCGAAAUUUGCAAACUGGACACGACCCCACCGCCAAAAUCGCGGAAAAUCGCCCAACCCACGCUUGCCCAGCUGACCACAUGCAGUGCUUCAGGAAAGAAGAAAGAGGUGAAGACGCUGAUUAGGUCGGGUCAUUGGCCAAUGGAUCACUCUGGACGCGGGAAGCUGUGGCCCUUCCUCGUCCGACUGGACAAGGGCAAAACGGAGAUGGACUUUGAAAGCAUUUACUCGGAAACCUGCUCGAAACUAUUCCGCAACUACACCAAAGGAAAACCUGAUUCAGAUCAUUUCGCAGUUGCUAGUACUUCAACGGCUGAGGUGCCUUCACCGUCCUCCGACUCGAGUCUGGUCAGCCUGCCUGGGUUUGUGGACGCCAAGCACCUGAUUCACCACAAACUCGGGCCAGCGGGACAGCGUGCGGUGGCCCGUGUAAUCGCCGUGCUGGCCUACAACAGGCCAGCCAUCACGUACGCCCCGGUGCUGUAUUCUCAGGCUGCCCUGCUGCUGCACUAUCUCAAGGAACACGAUGCCUAUGCAGUCCUCAGCUAUUUGACCGAGUCCAGCAAGUACAUUGCUCAAACCCAGAGAGCCCAUGACUUGCAGUGGAGGACUCUGAUGCACUUGUGCAAGCGAUACGCAAGAUCAGCCUACAACUACAUCCAGAAUACUCUUCAAUCGACGGAGAAAGCUGAGCGGCUUUUUGAGGGAUGGAAUUGGUGGAUAUUCAAGCAUCUGCCAUUUCCACAUUUGGUGCGAAUUAUGGACUGCUUUUUGGUGGAAGGACCGAAGGUCUUGUACAGGAUAGUGUUUGCCAUUUUAAAUGGUUUCCACCAACGACAGAGUUCACGUUCCAAAGUCGCAGUUUUGUCCAGCGACUACAAAGCCAUGGACAAUGCCAUUGCCGAUUACUGUAGAAACAUUCCUGUUUCAAGUGGGAAACUCUUGCAAUUGGCCUUCGGAGUGCGAAGGUUUAGUCGAGACGAUGUGGAAAGUUCCAAGGCAGCUGUUGAAGAGGCUCUUUCGUCUGGGGACGGAGACAAUAGGACUGCGGCAGAGCUUCACAAUAAGGAGACAGGUGGCGCCUCUAGGCCUCGGUCAACUGACCUUUGCAUGCCGUCUGAUGGAGUGGCUGGUGCUGCCAAGACGUUGACUGUGGAAGAGUUUGCGGAAGUAGUUAUUCGAAGACUUGACAACCGUGUGACGGUCCGGCUGAUUUUUGGUGAAAAGCUGCUGAAGCUCUGGUCCUGGAUCCCGGUGAGAAUGACCAUGUGCACCCCGACGAUGCUGUUCACGACUGAGGAGCACGGCUACAACCUCAGGCUCUUGUACGAACUGGUGGAGGAGUACGAGCCAACCGUCAUUCUCGUCAAGAACUUCCAGGACGAGGUGUUUGGGGCAUACUGUUCGACGAGAUGGAAGGAGAGAAACAUGAAGGAUGAACACGGAGCACGAAGGAGGUACUUUGGGACUGGAGAGAGUUUCGUGUUCACUCUGGCCCCAGAAACGAAGAAGUUUCGAUGGGUGGGACUGAGUCUCAUGGAGGCUGCUGCGAAUUCAGCUGCAGAACAGCAGGCCUCUGUGCUUCAUGCAGCAGAGUUGUUCCAGUCUGGAGACAGAGACAUGCUUGCCGUUGGAGGAGGACAAGGAACAGCUUUGUGGCUGGACGGAGAACUGCGCUUUGGAAAAUCCGAAACCUGCCAGACAUUCGACAACCCACCGCUUUCCUCGGAACAGGACUUUGAAGUGAAAGUUGUGGAAGUUUUUGGGUUCACAUGAUGGAAUCUCCUAGUUUUCACUGCGAACUGGAAGACAGUCCUGAAUUUUUUUUAUCCAUUCCUACCUUUGUCCCGAAAUGUUGAAACUGGUUUUUCUUCUUUUUUUUUUUUGCAUCCUUCUAUUUUAAUGUUUUUUUUAUUUAUUUAUUUUGUGGCGUGACGCGACAACAAACCGAUCGCUGAGAUAUUUAACUUGUUUUUAUUUAUAAAGCGCCGAAAGUGUGACCUUUUUUGAGUGAUUUCAUUGAAUGGUUGAGUUUGAAUGUUUUUUUCUUUUUGUAAUAAACUCUGGAUUUUUUUGAAUCUUGAAAAAGCGAGGUCAGGAAGUUGGUAAAUGCUUGAGGAGAUAUGAGGGAGAAUCAAAAAGAAAGAAGAGUUAGACUUUUGAAUUGGUGUGAAACCUGUUAAUCUUCCAGAAUUGAAGAAGGGGAGGAAACCAUUCCAGCCGUUUGGUCCAAUAAUGUAUGCUGGCAUUAUUAGUGCGUGGAUGAUAUGCGACAUGCAGAAACUGCCAAUUUUCGAUGUGCAACCAGAGAUACUCUGAAACGAGGCCAUAUGUUUAGGGAGAAGUGUGCAAUGUCUCUUUUUAAAUUUAUUUUAUGGUGAUUCGUUAUCAUUAGCGUGACCCGUAUGCCAGUGGGUCUAGUCAUGAGCAGCGGCGGCGGCUAGAGUAGAUGGAAAUUCUGGGUUCGUGGGUUGGCCGGGUUGAAAAAUUGGCGUGUGACCGUCGUAAUUGCGAAAAAGUGUUUGCCUCUGUGUCAAAAGGAGCCCUUUCUUCCAUGAUCAAAGGGGCAUUUAUGGUUGUUCUUUUUUUUUUUGCAGUCUGGCUAGGUUUCUGAGUAUACGAGGAUUACGUUUUUCUUGGCUAGAGGUCGCACGCUGAAACCGAGCCGUUCAGGUACCUCAAUUAAAUAUAGUAGCUACGUUAUUACUGGAAGCCAAUUAGUGAAUGAAGAAGAAAAGAGCCCGGUAAAACGUCGGUGCCUCAGUCGGUAUAUGAUGUUGCCAUAGUACAACUCGUGUGUUGAUCCACUUAGUUGUGCUUAUAUAGAUGCAAGAAAUUGUCCCACGCAUUUGUUCGUUUGUUUUUGAAAUAUUUAUGCUAUAUAUUCAUGCAGUGGACGGAUGUUUCGGUCGUUAGGGCAGUUCUGUAACGUUUAUGGUGAUACACUGGAGUUCAUGGUUACUCUCUUUUUUUGUAAGUUUUGUGGUGACUUGGAUCUGGUCUUUUAUGUUUACUUUUCUGGACAUGGAAGUAAAUGGUGUAUGUCUUUGUA